AUGGAGGAGCGACCCUACAAAUGCCUCCAGUGUGGGAAGAGCUUUGCCGACAGCUCCAACCUCCUUCGUCAUCAGAGGAGCCACGCGGGGGAACGACCCUACACGUGUGCCCAGUGCGGGAAGAGCUUUGCUGAGAGCUCCAAGCUCCUAGAGCACCAGCGAACCCACACGGGGGAGCGACCCUACAAAUGCCCCCAGUGUGGCAAGAGCUUUGCCGACAGCUCCAACCUCCUUCGCCAUCAGAGGAGCCACACGGGGGAACGACCCUACACGUGUGCCCAGUGCGGGAAGAGCUUUGGGCACAGCUCGAGCCUGAUCACACACCGCAGGACCCACACAGGUGAGAAACCCUACAGGUGUGAUGAGUGCGGGAAGAGCUUUGCUCAGACCUCCAACCUCCUGGAGCACCAGAGGAUCCACACAGGCGUGAAACCCUACAAAUGCCCUGUCUGCGGGAAAGUGUUCUGCCACAGCUCCUCGCUCACUGACCAUCAGAGGGUCCACACGGGUGAAAGACCCUAUAAAUGUCCCGAGUGUGAAAAGAGCUUCAAACACUGCUCUGUGCUUAUUCAACACAGUAGGAUCCACACAGGGGAGCGACCCUACAAAUGCCCCCACUGCGGAAAGGCCUUCGCCGAUCGCUCAGUCCUGAUCAAGCAUGAGCGGAUUCACACGGGGGACCGACCCCACAAAUGCGUCCACUGCGGGAAGUGUUUCAGCGAUCCCUCCGUCCUGACCCGGCAUGAGCGCAUCCACACAGGCGAGCGACCCUACAAGUGUGUUCAUUGCGGCAAGGGCUUCAGUCAAAGCUCCACCCAUGCCCAGCAUCUGAGAACCCACACCGGGGAGCGGCCCUAUAGAUGUGAUGAGGGUGGGAAGAGCUUCAGUGUAAGUUCCAGUCUUGUUGUCCACCAGAGGAUCCACACAGGAGAGAGACCCUAUAAAUGUCCCGACUGUGGGAAGAGCUUUAGUGGCUGGCCAAAUUUUAGCAGGCAUCUGAGGACCCACGCCAGGAGUAAACCCGACAGGUGA